AUGCACCGCCGCACAUCUCGGAAGUCCGAUGCCGCCGCCGCGGCUUCUUAUCUCAGGUACCUGAAGCCCGGCGCGUUGGCUCAGCUCAGAGAUUCGCGAAUCAGCGCCAGAACUCACCGUGUCUUUGCUUCUCAGCUCCAGAUCUCAUCUCCCCUCCGGUCUCCGAGUUCUCCGGCUCACGUUGUGCCUGUUGAUGGUUUUCCCUGCUCCCCGGUCCGGAUCCGCGGCCCGCGUUGUCCGCAGAGGAAGAAACUCGUCGCCGCCAAGGCGAUGUUCUUCUCUGUCCCUGGCCCGUCUAGUCCUGUCUCGCAGCCGCAUGAAUCGGUUGUUGAUCUGUUUAGUAAUAGUGAAAGCGUUCUAGUUGCUCAUUGA